AUGUUGGAAAAUACUGUGAAGUUCAUUAAGGUUUUUGAUCGAAUGGAGGAAGAGGAUAAAGAUUAUAAUAAAUACUUCAAAAAGAAAGUUGAAGAAAAACCUCCUAGUCCAUAUGAUUGGGGUGUUGCAAAGGAGUUUAUAGUCUUCUUGAAGCUGUUUUACUCCAUGACUUUAAAAUUUUCUGCAUCAAAUUUGGUGACAUCCAACACAUGUUUUCAGCAAAUAGUUGCAAUGCAAACCAAGCUUAAGAAAAGUGCAACUAAUUCUAGUGCUCUAUUGGGUGACAUGGUGAGACGGAUGCAAAGUAAGUUGGAUAAGUAUUGGGGUAAGGCAGAUAACAUGAAUCUGUUGUUGGUGAUAGCAGUGAUAUUAGACCCUGAAUAUAAAUUUAAAUAUGUCCAAGUUGCUUUGAAAAAUAUGUAUUAUGAGCCCAUGCAACGUGAGCUAGUCACAAAAAAUGUCAUGGAUGUCUUGCAUAGCUUAUAUGAGGAAUAUUCAAAGGAUGCCUCUGAUGGUGAAGCUUCUCAAACUCAAGCAAGAGCAGAGCAUGGAGAUAACAAUAUUGGGGGGAAUCAAGUGUCAAUUCUCGAUGAUGAUGUCUUGGUAGUCAUGGAUGAUGAAACAAUAAGACAAUUUUAUACAAUUGCAAGCACUGAACGCCAAGAGGAAAAAAAUUUAGAGGUGGGUGAAUAUUUUCGUGCUAAGUUAGUUGCUUCUCGUGAUCUAAAAUUUGAUGUUUUAGCUUGGUGGAAAGUGAACGCUUUCAAGUAUAAAGUCUUAAGUUUGAUUGCACGUGAUGUUUUGGCUUUACCUGUCUCUACUAUGUCUUCAGAAUCUACCUUUAGUACGGGAGGUUGA